GAUGUGACGAAGCAGAUGACGAACGCGGAAGUUUCGCGGAGCAGAUUGAGUUCCCUGCUCGAGUGAUGUCGCGGAUUGAGUUGAUGUCGAAUAAUGACUCUAAACAGCUCGGAAAUAAAACAGACACACGAUAGCGAAGCACACCAGCGUUACCAGAAGCUGGUCUGAUGUGGAGGGAGUGUUUUGCUGAUUUCUCCUGGCUGACAUGGCAUCCUCCGCCCAGAUGUGUCUCCGUCUCUAUCAUCUGCUGCUCCUCACCGCUUCGCCGCUGCGCACACAUGCCUUCUUCUCUCCCUCUCAGCCGUCCUCGUCCUGCGGGCCGGGCCGGUCCUGGGCGGUGCGGCUGGACGCGGGCUCCGUGACGGCGGGGCGCUCUCUGGAGCGGCUGGCACACAGCGUGGCAGAGGAGGUGGGUCUGGAGAAUCACGGGCAGAUCGGGCAGCUGGAGGGACACUACCUGCUCUGCCGAGGAGCAGAGGACAGCGCAGACGUGGACUCCACAGAGUCGGCUCUGGACCGAAACCCUCGUGUGCUGUGGCACUCACGGGAACACAUCCUGAGACGCUCCAAGAGAAGCGUGACCUUCAACGACCCCAAAUAUCCCAGUCAGUGGCACCUGCACAACGAUGUGAAGCGUGGGAUGGACAUCAACGUGACCGGUGUCUGGGAGCGAAACAUCACCGGCGCCGGGGUCACCGUGGUUGUGGUGGACGACGGGGUUCAGCACACGCUGGAGGAUAUUCAGCCCAAUUAUAGUCCUGAGGGCAGUUAUGAUCUGAACUCGAACGACCCUGACCCCAUGCCUCACCCCGACGGCCACAGCGAUAACCAUCACGGCACGCGCUGCGCCGGAGAGAUCGCCGCCGUCUCAAACAACAGCUUCUGCGCCGUAGGAGUCGCAUACGGAGCCAGAGUGGCAGGCAUCAGAGUUCUGGACGGACCCCUCACAGACAGCAUGGAGGCUGUUGCUUUUAAUAAGCAUUACCAAGUUAAUGACAUCUACAGCUGCAGCUGGGGUCCGGAUGAUGACGGCCGUACGGUUGAUGGACCGCAUCCCUUAGGCAAGGCGGCGCUGCAGCACGGAGUUAUUGCAGGCAGGAGAGGUUUCGGGAGCAUCUUUGUAGUUGCCAGUGGUAACGGAGGACAGUAUGAAGACGACUGCAACUAUGACGGCUAUGCUAACUCCAUCUACACCGUCACCGUCGGCGCGGUUGAUGAGAAUGGCAGAAGGCCGUUUUAUGCAGAAGAGUGUGCGUCUAUGCUGGCCGUCACGUUCAGCAGCGGGAGCAGACAGCUGCGCAGUAUAGUGACGGCAGACUGGUCUCUGCAGAGCGGCACCGGCUGUACCGACGGACACACGGGCACUUCAGCGGCUGCUCCUCUGGCUGCAGGGAUGGUGGCGCUCAUGCUGCAGGUGCGGCCCUGUCUGAGCUGGAGGGACGUGCAGCACAUCAUCACCUACACAGCAACACAGCAUGACGCUGACGCUCAGGCUGACUGGGGAGUCAAUGGAGCUGGUUUCCACCACAGUCACAAGUACGGCUUUGGUUUGCUGAACGCCUGGAGGCUUGUUAACGCUGCUAAGGUCUGGGAGUCCGUCCCCUUCUUGGUGUCCUACCAGAGCCCAGUGUUAAAGGCCAAUGAGGACAUCCCAGAGUAUCCCAAAACCCUCACGCACACCUGGAAUGUCUCAGUGUCUGAGCUGAGGCAGUCUGGCAUGCAGACGCUGGAGCACGUGUCUGUUACUGUGAUGAUGGUCCAUCCGCGGCGCGGGAGCGUGGAGAUCCGGCUCAUCUGUCCCAGUGGAAUGAGCUCACUGAUCGGGGCCCGGAGACCGCUGGAUGUAGAUACGACUGGAUUCAUGGACUGGACGUUUUCCACUGUGCGGUGCUGGGGAGAAAGAGCCGAGGGACAGUACAGUCUACAAAUCACUGACCACAAAGAGCCGACUCUGUCAUCGGGCGUCCUGAAGCACUGGAAGCUCACUCUGUACGGCUCAUCUCUGUCUCAUGAGCAGGUGAAAGAGAGACGGAGGGUGGUUGAAGACGCCAUGGGUGGACAGUAUCUGGACAGCAGUUUUGCUCUUCCCUGUCCUCCUGGUAUCGACGUUCCUCCUGAAAUCGUGAGCCCGUUCACCUCGAGCAGCCUGAAGUCUCUGCUGCUGCUGGGCUGUUUCGCUCUCUUCUGGUCGCUCUAUUACACUCUGGAGGUGACCCUCACUCACUGGGACUGGCGCGGGUGCAGCACGACGGGACGGCACAGAGGCUUUCAGGCCGUAUCCACAGGCCUAGAGGACAGUCAAGUGGUGGAGAUCCAGCCCGAGAUGGACAGCGAGUCCAAAGUCCCGCUCAUUGCUGCUGAUGAGAACACGUAGCACGGGUCUCCAUUUCUUUUGUUUGAAAUUUCAGGUUGCACUUGAGCAUUUUGAGUUGCCUUCUUGUGUUUUCUUCGAUUUAUUUGCUGAUGUGUGCAUGAGGAUGUUGUCUUAUAAGAGUGCCUGAUUCUGAGUGCAGUAUUCGAAUCAUUCAGUGCAUAUGUGAUCGAGAGAAUGUGUGAGUGUGUUCGCUGGGUGCUGCGUGAAUGAUAUUUUGUGGAGUUUAAUAUAAAUGACUUUUUUUUUUUUUCUUGAACGUGACGCAUUGAAUGUGUCACUAUUAGGUCUAUAAAUAUCUCCGACACUUGAAUUUUAAAAGACAGAAAGAGAUUGUUUAAACUGGAGGUCUGCUCACCUGCAGAUAUUUUACUGAUUCUAGUCUGUAUUUGUUUUUUUUUACUGAAGCGUGGAACUCUUGUGAUCAAGAACUCAGAUGAGGUUUGAAUAAAAACAAAAAGGGAAA